GGAAAAAUACCCUACAUGCGUUCCUACAACCAGCCUCUCGAUUUAAGUGGCGCCGUAUUGCAAGAAAGCUGGUUGUUAUUCUUACUAAAGAAUAAACGCUCCCUUCGGAGCGACGGCCGCAUGACAUCCCCCUGCGGCCAAUGGUUGCUCCCCGCACGCACGCCGCAGCCGUGCCGUGUGAGGCCAGGCCGUGUGAGCGUGGGUGGAGGCGGCGGGCCGGGGGCUGUGUUACGGCAUGGUGAGCGGUGGUCGCUGUGGGGUGGAGAUGGCGGCGGCUGUGUAACGCGCAUCCCGUGGGAUCUGGGAGAGCCUCGGCCUCACAAGAAGAAGAAGCCCUUCAUAGAGAAGAAGAAGGCGGUAACGUUUCACCUAGUGCACAGAAGCCAGAGGGACCCCCUUGCUGCUGAUGAUACCGCCCCGCAGAGGGUCCUGCUGCCUGCCCACAGGGACCAUGAGGAGCAGAGAAGGGAGGAGCAGCGGAAAUAUGGAGUCUUUUUUGAUGAUGACUAUGACUAUUUGCAGCAUUUGAAAGAAGCAUCUGGCCCCUCUGAGCUUGUCCCUUCUUUCUGUGGACAGCAAAGCAGAAUUGUCAUCACAAGUGAGGGUCGCAUAGAGGAUGAAAUUCAACGAAUUGCUGCUCCAUCUAUUAAAUUGCCUUCCUCAGUAUUUGCCUCUGAAUUUGAAGAGGACGUGGGCCUGCUAAAUAAAGCAGCUCCUGUUUCAGGACCACGGCUGGAUUUUGACCCUGAUAUUGUUGCAGCUCUUGAUGAUGAUUUUGACUUUGAUAAUCCAGAAAAUGUUCUGGAAGAUGAUUUUGUUCUACAAGCAAACAAACUAAAGGAAGGGAGAUCAGAUGCUGAGGAUGAAGAUGAAUGGGAAGAUGUGGAGGAUGAUAGUGAUGAAAAGGAUAGUUGCAGUAACGAUGAAGAUUAUGAUUCAGAAGGCCCUUUGUCAAAUGAUGGGGUUAAUGGCCAGGGAAGAGAGUUCCUGUUUAUGCAGGAAGAAACCAGGAGUCGUUUCACAGAAUAUUCUAUGACAUCUUCAGUAAUGAGAAGGAAUGAGCAGUUAACCCUCUUGGAUGACAGAUUUGAGAAGUUUUUUGAACAGUUUGAUGAAGAUGAAAUUGGAGCCUUGGAUAAUGUGGAAUUAGAAGGCUAUAUUAACACCGACAAUGCUCGGUUGGAGGAAGUCUUGAGUGAUUUCUACAAAGAGAAAGCAAAGAAUUGUGUGAAAUUGGAUACUCUUGAACCGUUUGAAGACACUCCUGCAAGUGAAGACAGUGAUGAAGAGAAAGAAGAAAGAGUAGCUCUGGUUAUUGAGGAACCAAAAGAAAAGUGGGAUUGUGAAUCAAUUUUGAGUACAUAUUCAAACUUGUAUAAUCACCCAAAGCUUAUCGAGGAGCCAUCAAAGCCAAAACCAAUAAGAAUUUCCUCAAAGACUGGAAUUCCUCUGCACGUCCUGCCUCAGAAAGGUCUUACUGCUAAGCAGGUGGAACGCAUGCAAAUGAUUAAUGACAGUGACCUGCCAAGAGCAUCGACACAGCCCCGCUCCAAAAAUGAGAGCAGAGAGGACCGCAAAGCCAGGAAGCAGGCGAUAAAAGAGGAGCGGAAGGAACGCAGAAUGGAGAAGAAAGCCAACAAGAUGGCCUUCAAAUUGGAGAAAACAAGGCAAGAAAAAGAGUUGCUCAAUCUGAAACAAAACAUGCAAGGACUGAAGCUGUCUUGAAAUUCAGGAACUUUCAUUGUGGAAACAUUGAUUUCAUCUGUACUGAGAGGAAUUGUUAACUGAUAAGAUUUGCCAGGCAUGCACAAAGGGGGCUAAUGGUAUUUGGUACAGCAAUAUCUGGCUUGUCAUUCUUUCUGAAGUUAUACCUUAAAUAGUGAAUGAAUGUCUCUCUUGUUGUGUGUCGAAUGUCACGGCAACUGCUGCAAACUUCUGUUACCCUAGAAAUGUAUUAAAAUAUUAAAAUAUAUUUUUCUUAUAAACUGUCACUGAGGAGAAAGUGUCACGUGUUGAAUGCAUUCAGCACUUCAGAAAAAUCCUGCAGAUUUGAUCUGAUUCUUCCAUUAAAAUAUUUGAGUUUGUACAGAGCACUGUAUCUACUUAUCUCUCCCUUACAUUGGCUGUUAAAUAUAGUGCCUUGACAGAGCAGAGUUUUGGGAAUGAAUGAGUUUCACCCAUUCCUUAGUUCUUUCAGGGAUUGAUUAUUUAUUGUUUGGAUAAACUUUUGGUAAACAGAGGUGUCUAAAAAGCUAUUGUGUAGCUGAGCAUCCCUCUUACUAAGAUGAGUUAGGUUUAGGUCGGAUAUUAGGAGGAAGUUUUUCACACACAGGGUGGUGACACACUGGAACAGGUUGCCCAAGGAGGUUGUGGAUGCCCCACCCUGGAGGCAUUCAGGGCCAGGCUGGAUGUGGCUCUGGGCAGCCUGCUCUGGUGGUGGCGGCCCUGCACACAGCAGGGAGGUUGAAACUCUAUGAUCAUUGUGGUCCUUUUCAGCCCAGGCCAUCUGAAGAUUUUAUGUUUUACUUGUUGCGAGAAGUAUUGCAAAGUAGGUGUCUCUUAUUGUUGCUGUUUAAAGCAACUUUGCUUCAAGUAGUCAACAUGGCAAUCAUUGUGUAACAAACAGUAGAUAUUUAGAAAGCUGUGGUGCAGAUGGCAAAUAGCCAUUGUCUGGAUUUUCCUCAAGUACUGUUCUUCGUCUUGCAUUUAGUUUGCUUUCACUGAAAUACAGGCUUAUGACCUAACACAACUGUUGCAAAGGCUUUUUGAAGGUGAGCAGAAAGCCUUUAUUGCAGACUUACUGUGAUCUUAAAUUACUGUACUGUACAUAAGAAUUAUUCUGGUGACCAGUCUGUACCCGUGAAUAAAGGAAUGAGAUCUGCAGUCA